AUGAAAGAAGAAAAUCACAUGACAUUUGUAUCUUCAGAAAAGGUAAUGGCAACAUCUCAAGAAACAUCACACGAUGGUUUGACUGAUAUGACCAGUCAGUCCAAUGGCAGUUCUUACAAAAUCGAUCAUCGUGAUACAAAUACACUUUUAUCAGUAAUAUUAUCUGGUAAUACUACAUUCUAUGUUCAAGCUGGAAGUUUGGUGGCUAUGAGUCCAUAA